CUCUUUAGCCACUCCGGUGAGUGUAGUGCAGGGAAAAGCGCGUCGGUGCCACAGCCAGGCCCGCGCAGGGGCAGGCUGCCAGGUGGGUCUCGGGCUACUUUGGCCCAACAGCCGGAGCGGAUCAGGCCCACCCGCCCUGGCUGCCUGGUCCCGCGCCCUCCGCACCCUACGACCUCUGCUCCUGGGGGUACACGGCCGGCGGCAGGCGCCCCCAACCAAUCCACUCUGCCAGCCUGCUCCCUGCCCUGCCAAGAGCAGCUUCUUCAGCCGCGCUCCAGUUCCUCAGAUGCUCGCCCCACCCUGCCCUUCGCUUCCCUUCCAGGGUAGGCCGAUCACGCGGCCAAGAACGAGACUCGCAACCUGGGCAUUUCUCCUAGCCGGGCUGCAGCCAGCAGCGAGACCCGGCGUGAGAGUGGGAAGGAGCCUUAACAGGCAACUCUGUGACCCAAUGGCUUUUCUCUGCCUUCGAGUGCGGACCAAUGAAGCUAGUGGGGCGGGACUUCCGCCUAGCCUCGGUGUUGUCGUCCCCGCUCCGACUCCGGGCUGUGGGGGUCGGUGCGGAUACACAGUCAUGAAGUCGGGGUAGGGACUUCUCCCGCAGCGACGCGGCCGGCGAGCCUGUUUGUGUUCCCGGGGCCGGGCUUCCAGGUGAUUUUACAGCGAGAUGCUGCUUUCCCUAGGGAUGCUCAUGCUGUCGGCCACACAGGUCUACACCAUCUUGACUGUCCAGCUCUUUGCAUUCUUAAACUUACUGCCAGUAGAAGCAGACAUUUUAGCAUAUACUUUUGAAAAUGCAUCUCAGACAUUUGAUGACCUUCCAGCAAGAUUUGGUUAUAGACUUCCAGCUGAAGGUUUAAAGGGUUUUUUGAUUAAUUCAAAACCAGAGAAUGCCUGUGAACCUAUAGUGCCUCCACCACUAAAAGACAAUUCAUCUGGCGCUUUCAUUGUGUUAAUUAGAAGACUUGAUUGUAAUUUUGAUGUAAAGGUAUUAAACGCACAGAGAGCAGGAUACAAAGCAGCCAUAGUUCACAAUGUUGAUUCUGAUGACCUCAUAAGCAUGGGAUCCAACGACAUUGAUGUAUUAAAGAAAAUUGACAUUCCGUCUGUCUUUAUUGGUGAAUCAUCAGCUAAUUCUCUGAAAGAUGAAUUCACAUAUGAAAAAGGGGGCCACAUUGUCUUAAUUCCAGAAUUUAGUCUUCCUCUGGAGUAUUACCUGAUCCCCUUCCUUAUUAUAGUGGGCAUCUGUCUCAUCUUGAUAGUUAUUUUCAUGAUCACAAAAUUUGUCCAGGACAGACAUAGAGCUAGAAGAAACAGACUUCGUAAAGAUCAACUUAAAAAACUCCCUAUACAUAAAUUCAAGAAAGGAGAUGAGUAUGAUGUAUGUGCAAUCUGUUUGGAUGAAUAUGAAGAUGGAGACAAGCUCAGAAUCCUUCCCUGCUCCCAUGCUUAUCACUGCAAGUGUGUAGACCCUUGGUUAACUAAAACCAAAAAAACCUGUCCAGUCUGCAAGCAAAAAGUUGUUCCUUCUCAAGGCGAUUCAGACUCGGACACAGAUAGUAGUCAAGAAGAAAAUGAAGUGUCAGAACAUACCCCUUUACUUAGACCUUUAGCUUCCGUCAGUGCCCAGUCAUUUGGGGCUUUGUCAGAAUCCCACUCACAUCAGAAUACAACAGAAUCUUCAGACUACGAGGAAGAUGACAAUGAAGAGACCGACAGUAGUGACGCAGAAAAUGAAAUUAAUGAACAUAGUGUCGUGGUCCAAUUGCAGCCUAAUGGUGAACGGGAUUACAACAUAGCAAAUACCGUUUGACCUUCAGAAUGUGGUUGGUAUUUUCCCUUUAAAAUGUUUAUUUAGGUAUAUACUAUAAUUUGAUUUUAUUUUUUUUGCUCCCUUCAGAGAUUUCUGUAGAAAUAACUUACUUUUUAGUAUUCUACAGUUUAAUAGGAUUACUGAAACAGGCUUUUUGAUCCAGUAUUUAUCUGCAGGAGUGUACUUCAUUUCACUAAUAAUAAUAGACUGGUGCUGUAACUCAAGCAUCAAAUCAGUUCUUUUGGAAUGAAAUAUAGCCAAAAUAUUUUUUUAAAAAUCCUCAAUAUACUCAAUAUAAUUUGCAGUUAAGACCUAGAUCAGAGAAUGCAAAUGUUUUGUGUUUCACACAUGAGGUCAGCGCUGUGGCCACCUAGCAUGAACUACGCCAACUUCCACCUCCAUCAAGUUACCUAGAGUUCUUGAGUUGGAAUGUCUUUGUUCUGCUAUUUCCCCAAAUUGCCAUCGUUAGUGAGAGGCAACAAGGUAAUUUAGCAUUUUUCUUAUCAGCGCAAGGAAACUGAAAGCUUUUUCUUCCUAUUCUCAAGUAGUCUUAUCCUGAUAGGAACAGUCUGUACUAGUGCAGAUUUCAAAAGUUUUUUUUUUUUUUAAGGUUUUUAAUUCUAUAGUGUUAUGUAUGAAUUUGAUUCAGCAGCUAAAGUAAUGGCUCUGGACUUUACUUACUGAAUUUCAGUAUCCUUAAGGGUUCUGUGUUUUGAUCAAAGCAAAAAGAAAAUGCUGCAUAAAGAUACCAAACUUCAGCAACUGUUAAUACUCAGAUCAUAUACCUCUUAAUAAAGAGCAACUUAUGCUAAUUAGCCCUGCUAAACUAUGUACAGAGGAAAUUGUUCAAGUAUUAAAUUUAAAAGUAAAAAAGUGCUUAUGUUUAACAGAACUAAUGAUGUAUUGAAACAGUGUAUUAUGAAAAGCUAAAUUAUACAUCACUGUAACUAUGUAGAAAAUGUAGACUAAUGUAUAAUCAAAAUGCUAAGAACUUUUAUAUGGCCUUGUAAGAGGGGAGUCUGAAUGUUAAUAAACAUGUUUUCCACUUUAA